AUCUUCCUCCCCCCUUCCCUUCUUUUUUCUCAGCUCUUCACAGCCAAAACGUUUUCCCAAUACGUCACUCCUUAUCUUCAAAACCAACCUCCACCGAAUGUACCUGUCCAAAUCUUUUCACGCAUAUGUGGUGUCUGUGCGUGUGGAUAUAUAUAUAACAACCGCUCUAUCAUCUUCACUCACAUCUCAUUCGUUGUUUCUCCAUCUACGCAUUGUUUCUCUCUCUGAAGUGAUUCUAUUUCGGUGAAAGAAAUGGCAAGUUUCACGCUCACCGGAUUACUCAAACAGGUGGCCUCCGAAUUUCCCGAUCGGCGAGCAGUGUCAGUUUCCGGCAAGUUCGAUCUGACGUACGCUUGGCUUCAAGAACUGGUUGAAAAGGCCGCUUCUCGCCUUCUUGCCGCCGGUGUUACGGCCGGCGAUGUCGUCGCUCUAACCUUCCCUAAUAACGUCGAGUUCAUAAUCAUGUUUUUGGCCGUGAUUCGAGUCCGAGCCACGGCGGCGCCACUCAACUCGGCGUACACCUCCGACGAGUUCGAGUUCUACCUGUCUGACUCAGACUCAAAACUCCUCUUGACGUCAAAAGAAGGAAACGAGCCGGCUCAAUCAGCGGCUUCGAAGCUCAAGAUUCCGCAUAUCACAGCCACAUUGUCACAAGCCGACUCAGAGGUCACUCUCUCUUCAACUCAGACCGAGUUGAACCGUGACUCGGUCUCGGUCUCCAAGAUCGUGAAUGAACCCUACGACGUCGCACUCUUCCUCCACACCUCCGGCACCACGAGUCGCCCCAAAGGCGUGCCACUGACUCAACUCAACUUGGCCUCCUCGGUACGUAACAUUAUAUCGGUAUACAAACUCACUGAGUCUGACUCAACCGUGAUCGUCCUCCCCCUAUUUCACGUGCACGGACUACUCGCUGGGUUACUGAGUUCACUCGGGGCCGGAGCAGCCGUGUCUCUCCCAGGCGCCAGCCGAUUCUCGGCCUCAACAUUCUGGUCAGACAUGAAUAAAUAUAAUGCCACGUGGUACACUGCAGUCCCUACAAUACACCAGAUCAUACUGGAUCGCCACUUGAGUAAACCCGAACCCGUUUACCCUAAGCUCCGGUUCAUUCGGAGCUGCAGCGCGUCGUUGGCUCCAUCUAUAUUGGCUCGGCUCGAGGAAGCAUUUGAGGCGCCAGUGUUGGAGGCGUACGCGAUGACGGAGGCGGCCCAUCAGAUGGCGUCUAAUCCGUUACCGGAAGAUGGCCCGCACGUUCCCGGAUCGGUCGGGAAACCCGUGGGUCAAGAGAUGGCCAUAUUGGAUGAAAAUGGUGUUCAACAAAAGGUUGGGGCUAGUGGGGAGGUGUGCAUUAGGGGACCAAAUGUGACCAAAGGGUACAAAAACAACCCUGAAGCCAAUAAGUCAGCUUUCGGGUUCGGGUGGUUCCAUACGGGUGAUCUCGGGUAUUUUGACUCGGAUGGGUAUCUGCAUCUUGUUGGCAGGAGUAAGGAGCUGAUCAACCGGGGAGGGGAGAAGAUAUCACCAAUUGAAGUGGACGCAGUGCUAUUGUCUCAUCCAGACAUUGCUCAAGCAGUGGCCUAUGGAGUCCCCGAUGACAAAUAUGGUGAAGAAAUAAAUUGUGCAGUCAUUCCAAGGGAAGGAUCAAAAAUUGAUGAAGCGGAGGUGAUGAGGUUUGGCAAGAAAAAUCUUGCAGCUUUCAAGGUGCCGAAGAAGGUGUUCAUCACCGAUUCUCUCCCAAAGACGGCCACUGGGAAAAUCCAACGGCGGAUUGUGGCAGAGCACUUCCUUGCUCAGAUCUCAACUGCUAAAGUUCCCAAGUUUGGGGCAUAGAGGGGCUAUUUGCCUGGGUCAUUUUUGUUGGACAAGUCGGGAAUGGGGGUAAUGAUAAAUUGAUAUAUAAUAUAGAUAUGGGUAAUACAUAUUGCUUGCCAGUCAAAUUCAGAAGACGCUGAAUAUUGAAAACUGCAAUAUAUGUCAUGUUUCCUAUCAAGAACAGUGUUGUUAAGAGAGGUGGUUCAGCCUAGGAAUUCUUUGUUCUAAAUUUGCUUCAAUAUUUUUGCUUUUAUGGCUUUUGAGGUUGAAACUCAAUAUAAAGGUUAGGUUGAUUCCCAAACAGAUUUUAAAGAAAAAUGGUUCUUACUGUAACAAAGUGCGCAACAAAUUGCCACAACCAACAGAAUUGUCUUUAAAAUAAUUCACAAUUUUCUGAAAAAAAAUAAUGCAUCCACACACAGCACACAUGACACAGCAAGGUAUCUUUUUGCAGUAUAAUUUCUACUGAAAUUUCUUCACCUAAAAGCAUUCAUUAAGUUUACUGAACAAUAUAGAUAAAACCAGUUAACUAAGACAACCAAGCAAACAAGAGGCAUAUGCCAAGAAACACAAUACCAACUCAAUUCCAAAUGAGUGUCCUAGAAAAAAAAAAAAAAAAAAAAAAAAAACAUAAAA